AUGCACUUGCGUCGAUACUUCUCGAGAUUGGGCAAUCCCUUCCAGCGGGGCCCCUCCAGCUCCCUAGAUCCUGCAUAUAUCCAGAUUUUUACACCUCAAUCUAUUUCCUUGGUCCAAAAACGAUGCUUUAAUCCUAUAUCAUCGCAUGCUCCGGGUUCAGACAUUACGGCUGGCAAUGACGAAAAGCCAGGGCACAAGCCACACAGGUUUGGUCAACAAAUAGCCCCAAAGAGUCGGGUUGUAAAGUAUCGUCGAUCGGCCUCUUCGAAUGAUUCUGUAAUCUGCGACCGUUGGACCCCCAGGAAGGCCCUUAAGACGCAACACAAUUCAUCAGCAGCUCUCUCUUCCUUCCUAGGCAUCAAAGACAAAGCCAAAAGACAAAGAUAUCUGAACCGCAUCUGCCCAACUUUACCACUCAUAUCCUUGCAAGCCAUACUCCUACACCAUCUUCACCAGUCUACUACCUCAAAUGCCCUAGAAACUUUCUCCGAAAGCAGUACCGACGAUAGGAUUAUCACCCUUCGAGACCGCGGCUUCGAUACUCACAAUUUGGCAAGAUGGGCUUGGAUAGUUUCUGGGGACGGACCAGACGCUAUGAUGCAGCGUUUUCUCUCGGACCCGGAAAAUCAACCCAUGUUUCUAUUCUUGCAAAUCCUACGGUUGGAUCUCUUGGAGGUUCGUACUCUAGAGUCAGCUAUAACAUACGUUUGGGACAAGAUUCUUGGCCGACCUCGAAAUGACAAAAUUUCAAUGGCCGAUGCUGAGACUGAUACUGCCAACCCUUGGUCAGAUGUAGCACCUUUCUCCACACAUAUUCAUACGAUCCAUGCUGUGGAGCUAAAUGAUUCCACAUUCAUGUUAAUCAUAGCACGGCUCUUAUGCCAAGCACGGCGGAUAUUCUCCCCAGCGAUUCUCAGUAUUACCCAUAUGCUCUGGCCAUUCUUCUUCGCAUCCUCAGACAGAAACUGUCGUGAUCCUAGAAAGUUAGACGUACGUACGCAUCGAAAGCUUUGCAAAGAAUAUAACUCCAUCAUUCAUUUAUUAGCCUUGCCGGCUUCAAUCGAGCCCUUGAAGUCCAUGGUUCAUAACUGGAAUGCUCAAAAGGUGCUUUUGGAGCAGGGUGGGCUAUUUGAACCACCACUUUCGCUAGAUGACGGCAGCUAUAGAGCCGUUGCUCAGGUGUUGACUGCCUCCAAGAAGUCGGCGAGAGAAUCAAGAGCUGUAAGUUUACGUUCUAGGAGCUGGCCCCCGUGGAGAGAAGCUCAGGAUGGUAUGGAUGCUCAAAGCUUGAACGAAGAAAGCACGAGCAGAGUUAUACUCGCAUUAGCAAGGAAACAGGCCUCUGGAUUCAUACAUGACAAUUCACAUGAUCAAGCUCUGAGGAUUCUGGGGGGGCAAGAACUCGAUGGCACACCAACAAUACACACCCGCAAAAUAUUGAAGACGAGGUAUAGCCGUUCCAACGGUGGUCAACCUUCAAACGACACACAUUCCUCGCAAUGGGCGGCAAGAAUCGAAGCGACCCGGGAUAUACGAGAAGCCUGGAGCGCCUUUAUAACAUACCAAGAUCAAGGUUCUCGGCCAACACUUUCCGUGUACUUUGCAAUGUUUGUAAAGAUUACGUACGAGGAUGCGAGAAUUCUAGGAAACGCCAGUUCUUCGGUCCCAGGGGAUGGCAAAGAAGUGCGGCCUGUUUCAGACGACAAUAUCAGCAAUUACUACAGGUCGCGUCUUCAACCUCCAACUCUUGAUGAACUCUACGACCAGAUGAUUGAGCAGGGGAUCCGGCCAGCUGGGCAAUGUUUGAUCUUCCUCGUCCAGCAUGCAAAAUCCAUAGAACGAGGAAAUCGUAUCAUCCACGACAGUAAACUCUUAGAUGAACGUUCGAUGGCAUGCUUGCUUGGUAAUUAUGAUGUUGUCGAACGAACUUUGGCCGUCAGAAAAUUUCCGAAGGCCCUUUUUUCAGCUUUUAUAUCACUAGUAUGCCGCUUUGCUCCUCGAAUCAUCUGGAAAAUGCCACUAGAUCCAGAUUUCAACGCGCAAGGCGAAGCGGCCAACAAACAACAUACCAUCAUUGAGUCACGAACAGAGAAGAUAUUCCUCGACCCGCUACCUCAUGCUGCCGAGCUCUUAAAGAUGCGCCAGUCCACGUUCAGGCCGGAAUGGUACGCGCUUUUCCGUGCCCUCGCACGACGCGGUGCGAUUGUUUUUCGCGAUCUAGCUGGGCAUCCCAAGAAUGACAUUCUAGCCUGGCAGGUUCUUGCCGCUGGUCUGCGGGAUUUCCAUAAAUGCGGACUUGAGCUAGAUCCACGAGGGUUCCAGAUUAUUUGUGAUGGCUUCGUUAAGGGGUUUGAAGCUACGAGUCACGUCGAGGGCCAUGAUGAGGUAGUGGCCUCACUUGCUAUGCUCAAAGACGAGUUCCGGAAGUUAUCUGGGAGCACUGAAGGUUCUUACCACCUCCCGAAGUUAUUACAUACUAUACACGGAGUUCAUCUUCAUGCUUAUGUGCGUGCCUUGGGUGUCGCUGGGGAAUAUGACGAGAUAAUUGCGGUCCUUGAAUGGAUGGUGAGAAAUCAUGAAGAAUUGGAUUUCGCCGCGCAGCAAUCUCGCAAUGGACCCAAGUUCUUGCGGAUAACCAUUGUUGCUAUUAAAGUAUUCUGUAGCGGCACUGAUAAGGGAGAGGAAGCUCGAAAGCUGGUGGAUAGCAUUGAGCCGUGGGAUGGAUGGCCAGGGGACUACGAGGCGCAGAGAUACUUGGAGCGUUGGCAUGGACGGCAGCUGAGUGAUGAGGGUGACCCGGAGUGA